AGAAAAAGCUCUCUCAGCAUUGGUUACUAACUAGUAGCUAAAAGUUUUAAUUAUUAGUUGAAAGAGAAAAAGAGAGAGGAUUUUCUGUUUGUUUCCCGAGAAAGAAAAUUAAGUUGGUAUCUAUUGGGGCAAUGAGUACUACUGUGGCUCUCACUGGCGAACCUAUUCUCUCAAAACUUGAUCGCUUAGACAACAUGUUGAGAGAGUUGGAGGAAAUUAAUAAAGGAAGUAACAGAUCAUGUUCAUCACCAUCAAAAAGCUCAUAUGAAUCCACUCAAUCAAGUGGGACCUUAACAAGUGAAGGACACGUGUCAUCCAUCGAUGAUGUUUCUCCAAGAAGCUUAGAGAAGCACUGCCGUCCGAUCAAUCAUGUGGUGUUGGAAGCUGAGGUUAAAGGAAAUCUCAUUGAGAGGCUUCACCGUGUAGAAGAUCGAGUCCUUAAGUUGUGUUUGCAGAUGGAGGAGGAACUAAUUAAGGCUAGGAAAAUGAAGGAGAAGAAGAAAUCUCAUACUAAGAAAGGACUUAAACAACUUGUUCAACAAUGUGUUGGGGGAACAAAAAAUAGUGACUUGGAAACCCACCAAUGAUGAUGAUUAAUAUUAUUAUUAUGGGACUAAUAUAUGUUUUUUUUCUUCUUAAUUAUCUUUUUAAUUUGCAUAUUUUGUUGUUUUUUAACUAAGUCUCCUUGUACGUGUUAGGGUGAGUUUGUACAUUGAUAUCAAGAAAGGAAAGGACUUUGAUUGUGACUUUUAACAA